ACACACACACACACACACACACACACGCGGCUCGGGUUCGCGUCCCUCCCUUCUGCCCAGCUCCUGGGCGAAUCCCACAUCUGUUUCAACUCUGCGCCGAGGGCGAGCGGGAGCGAGUGUGUGCCGGCUGAAUCCGUGAAUAAAGAGGGAAGUGGGAAAAGAAACAAACCCACAACACGCAACUUCAGACCCGCCUCCUGACCGAAGCAGCGAUCAGCAAACAAUGGUGCGUUCCAGGCUCCUGCUCUGCUUGCUGUCCACGGCAGCCCUCUCUCUGCUGGCGGGGAGCUCCGCCUUCCUGUCCCCCCACCGCCUGAAGGGCAGGUUUCAGAGGGACCGCAGGAACAUCCGCCCCAACAUCAUCCUGGUGCUGACCGACGACCAGGACGUGGAGCUGGGUUCCAUGCAGGUGAUGAACAAGACCAGGCGCAUCAUGGAGCAGGGCGGGGCGCACUUCAUCAAUGCCUUCGUGACCACGCCCAUGUGCUGCCCUUCGCGCUCCUCCAUCCUCACGGGGAAGUACGUCCACAACCACAACACCUACACCAACAACGAGAACUGCUCCUCGCCCUCCUGGCAGGCACAGCACGAGAGCCGCACCUUUGCUGUGUACCUCAACAGCACGGGCUACCGGACAGCCUUCUUCGGGAAGUACCUUAAUGAAUACAAUGGCUCCUAUGUGCCACCCGGCUGGAAGGAGUGGGUCGGACUCCUUAAAAACUCACGCUUCUAUAACUACACACUCUGUCGGAAUGGCGUGAAGGAGAAGCAUGGCUCUGACUACUCCAAGGAUUACCUCACUGACCUCAUCACCAAUGACAGCGUGAGCUUCUUCCGCACGUCCAAGAAGAUGUACCCACACAGGCCGGUCCUGAUGGUCAUCAGCCAUGCGGCCCCUCACGGUCCUGAGGACUCUGCCCCCCAGUACUCACGCCUCUUCCCCAACGCAUCCCAGCAUAUCACGCCAAGCUACAACUACGCCCCCAACCCGGACAAGCACUGGAUCAUGCGUUACACAGGGCCCAUGAAGCCCAUCCACAUGGAAUUCACCAACAUGCUGCAGCGGAAGCGUCUGCAGACGCUCAUGUCCGUGGACGACUCCAUGGAGACGAUUUACAACCUGCUGGUGGAGACGGGCGAGUUGGACAACACCUACAUCGUCUACACCGCCGACCACGGCUACCACAUCGGCCAGUUUGGCCUGGUGAAGGGGAAGUCCAUGCCCUACGAGUUUGACAUCAGGGUUCCCUUCUACGUGAGGGGCCCCAACGUGGAAGCUGGCUCACUGAACCCCCAUAUCGUCCUCAACAUUGACCUGGCUCCCACCAUCCUGGACAUCGCAGGCCUGGACAUCCCCACGGACAUGGACGGGAAGUCCAUCCUCAAGCUGCUGGACACAGAGCGGCCGGUGAACCGGUUCCAUUUGAAAAAGAAGAUGCGGGUCUGGCGGGACUCCUUCCUGGUGGAGAGAGGCAAACUGCUCCACAAAAGAGACAGUGCUGACAAAGUGGAUGCCCAGGAAGAGAACUUCCUGCCCAAGUACCAGCGUGUGAAAGACCUGUGUCAGCGCGCCGAGUACCAGACGGCCUGUGAGCAGCUGGGCCAGAAGUGGCAGUGCGUGGAGGACGCCACGGGAAAGCUCAAGCUGCACAAGUGCAAAGGCCCUGUGCGGUUCGGCGGCGGCGGCGCGCUCUCCAACCUGGUGCCCAAGUACUACGGGCCAGGCAGCGAGGGGUGCGCCUGCGACCGCGUGGCCUACACGCUCAGCCUGGCCGGGCGCCGGAAAAAGUUCUUCAAGAAGAAGUACAAGGCCGGCUACGUCCGUAAGCGCUCCAUCCGCUCAGUGGCCGUUGAGUUGGAUGGCGAGGUAUACCACGUGGGCCUGGAGGACACGCCCCAGCCCCACAACCUUACCAAGCGGCACUGGCCGGGGGCCCCUGAAGACCAAGAUGACAAAGACGGUGGAGAUUUCAGUGGUACAGGAGACCUUCCGGAGUACUCAGCCCCAAACCCCAUUAAAGUAACACACCGGUGCUACAUCCUAGAGAACGACACGGUCCAGUGUGACCUGGACCUGUACAAGAGUCUGCAGGCCUGGAAAGACCACAAGCUGCACAUAGACCACGAGAUCGAAACCCUGCAGAACAAGAUUAAGAACCUGAGGGAAGUCCGAGGGCACCUGAAGAAAAAGCGGCCGGAAGAAUGUGACUGUCACAAGCUCAGUUACCACAACCAGCAGCCCAAAGGCCGCCUCAAACACAGAGGCUCCAGUCUGCAUCCUUUCAGGAAAGGUCUGCAGGAGAAGGACAGGGUGUGGCUGCUGCGGGAACAGAAGCGGAAGAAGAAACUCCGCAAGCUGCUCAAGCGGCUGCAGAACAACGACACGUGCAGCAUGCCGGGCCUCACGUGCUUCACGCACGACAACCAGCACUGGCAGACCGCACCGCUCUGGACCCUGGGGCCUUUCUGUGCCUGCACCAGCGCCAACAACAACACGUACUGGUGCAUGCGCACAAUCAACGAGACUCACAAUUUCCUCUUCUGUGAAUUUGCAACGGGCUUCCUGGAGUACUUUGAUCUCAACACAGACCCCUACCAGCUGAUGAAUGCGGUGAACACACUGGACAGGGAGCUCCUCAACCAGCUGCACGUGCAGCUCCUGGGGCUGAGGAGCUGCGAGGGCUACAAGCAGUGUAACCCCCGCACCCGAAACAUGGACCUGGGACUGAAAGAUGGGGGGAGCUACCAGCAAUACAGGCAGUUUCAGCGUCGAAAGUGGCCGGAAAUGAAGAGACCUGCUCCCAAAUCACUGGGACAGCUGUGGGAAGGCUGGGAAGGCUAAGCAGCACCGGAGAUGGACCCCCAA